UAAAUCACUUAUGUGACAAAAUUACAAGUAAUUGAAUAAAAGUAAGGCGUGUCUAAAAGUUUCAAAAUUAUCGUUUAGAAUGACCAGGGGCGCAAGGAUAUCGAACGGAGCAAUCCAGAGGAUGCAUUAUGAAAAGCAACAAUCUCGAGAAAUAAUUGAUACGCGUCAAAAGAGGCAAAAAACUCACUCCAGGCCAUCAAGGCAACCAUUGCAACCAACACAAAACCAAAACCAAUAUGUGAGCUCCACCAGUUUGAAGUACAAGAGAAGUGCCGUGUCUGAAGAGGAUUUCGGUGCCGUGACGCAGAGGGAUUAUAUGGCGGAGAGGCAUCACACCGAUCGCCAGACCCUCGCCGAUAUAAUCCUGAUGCAGGCCCGACGCAUCGAGAAACAGCAGCGAGAACUACAUCGAAUUAAGUCCCACUAUGAGCGCCAGGUGUCCACCAUCAAGAACAAUGCCAUCAUGCUGGAAUCCCAUCUGCAGAAGGUGCUGUCCAGUGUCCAUCGGGAUCGGGCCCAGCGGAUAGGCCAUCACUACCAGGAUAUGUUCGGUGCCGUGGAGAACCUGCAAAAGUCCAGCAUUAAUAUUAAACCGCAAUCCGUGGCCAACCAUCUCCUGAUCAAGUAUCUCAAUUCGCACCCGGCCAGAAGCACUAAUGAAAAUAUAAGUACCUACAGGAAUAUGUUGUGAAUUGUAUUCCCGUGUGUACCCUAUCUUUUCAUUAGUUUUUCUGGUCUCUAAUGUAUGUCAAUAAAAUACUCAUUUAUAGUAAUAAUAUAA